AUGAUAGAUACUGGCUCAACAAUAUCGGCCAUUAACGCAAAAUACUUGAAGAAGCUCAACAUCAAUCAACAUAUUUAUCCGACAAAAAUAUCGUGUACAACGGCCAAUAGUAAUCAAUUACACACGUCCGGUAUGAUUGCGCUACGUAUUACAAUCAAUAAUGUAAAAACGAAAGUAUGCGCGUUUAUUGUCGAAGACUUAUGUACAGAUUUGUUACUUGGCGGUGACUUUUGUGUUUCACAUCAUGUCAACAUCGACUACGAUACCAAACGUCUAACCCUACGGAUUAAACGACAACAAACAACAAUCAAAUUCCAUCAACAUGUGAACGAGCAACAAGUAUUCAAAGUGAAAACCUCAAACGAAGUUUGUAUACCACCUUUCUCCGCAAGAGUUAUUCAAGCAACAACAGCAGCUCCGUCAAUGUCGGCAAUCUUCACUCCAUCAUCAAAAUGGUUGAAUAAACAACUCAUUAUUGCUCCACACGCCGUAUUACUCAUCGAUAACAACAAUACUACAACGUUAACAUUAUUGAACACCACGGCCACAAUCCAAAAGAUCCCAAAAGGUACAAAUUUAGGUCAAGUCAAAUAUCAUGAAAACAAUAAAUGUUGCUAUGUGUACCCAGAGCUAAGAAAUUGUCAUCAACAUCGUCUUUCUAGCGUGAUACCAAAUACAACACAGCAGACACCAACAUCAACGUCGUCAAUUACCAACACCAUCCACGACCUGAUAAAACAUCUUCCUCUCACCCAAAGACACCAGGUAGAGCGGGUACUAUUAAAACACCAAGACGUUUUCGACACAUCAAAACCAUCGGUCAUGAAAACGAAUAAUGUUUUUCAUCGCAUUCCAAUCCAGCAGCAUCACCAACCAAUCCAGUCAUAUCCAUAUCGAAGACCCGCCAAAGAAACUCAAAUAAUCAACGAACAAGUAAAAGAAAUGCUGGAUAAUCAUAUUAUUAGACCUAGUUCAAGCCCUUGGUCGUCUCCGGUUGUAAUUAUAAAAAAGAAAGAUGGCAGUCCUCGAUUUUGCGUGGACUAUUGGCGACUGAAUUUAAUAACUGAACGGGAUGUAUAUCCUCUUCCCCGUAUAGAUGAUAUCAUUGAUAGACUUGCUGGAUCACAGUAUUUUAGCACAUUCGAUCUUAAGUCCGGCUACUGGCAGAUUCCAAUCGACGAACAGGAUAAAAAGAAGACGGCAUUUGUGACAACCGACGGCCUGUAUGAGUUCAAUGUUCUUCCCUUUGGCCUGUCUAAUGCACCCGCUUCAUUCCAACGUAUAAUGAAUUCGGUCUUAGGAGUAUUACGUUGGGAUAUUACUCUGGUAUACUUAGACGAUAUUAUAAUUUAUUCAAAAUCAUUCGAGAAACAUGUACAACAUCUGAACUUGGUGCUUAAUGCAUUACAGAAAGCCAAUGUCAAACUUAAUGCCAAGAAAUGCUCCUUGGUACGUAAACAGUUGGACUACUUGGGCUUUCGAAUUACACAGGAAGGUAUCAAACCAACAACGGCAAAUGUGAAAAAGACAAUUGAUUUUCCAACGCCUACCUCAGCAAAAGCAGCUUAUUCAUUCAUCCAAAUGGCACAGUUUUAUCGUCGUUUCAUCAAAGACUUUGCUAGCAUAGCUGCUCCAUUGAAUGUAUUUAAGACCAAAAAUGCCAAGUUCGUUUGGACGCCCGAAUGCCAAAAGGCCUUCGACAUGCUGAAACAAAAAUUAUCUCAAUAUCCACUACUGGCAUUCUAUGAUGGCAAGUCGAAACUAAAAUUGAAAAUCAGUACCGACGCAUCUAAUAUGGGUAUUGGUGGUGUCUUACAUCAAGUCACCUCAAAUGGACAUCUUCAACCAAUCCAAUACUUGUCACGAUCACUGUCAAAACGGGAACAAAAAUAUUCAGUCGUUGAAAAGGAAUGUUUGGCAAUGGUUUGGUGCAUUACAAAAUUGCGCCCGUAUUUGUAUGGACGCGAAUUCACCUUAAUUACAGAUCAUCAUCCAUUGUGUUGGCUCAACAAGCAAUUGUCAAAGAACGGCCGCCUCGACCGAUGGUCGCUGCAGUUACAAGAAUACUCAUUCGAUAUCAAGCAUACAUCGGGCUCAUCGAAUUGUGUCGCCGACUGUCUCUCCAGAAACCCGGUACAGCAACCAGACGACCUCGUCGAAGAACAACUUGACGUAAUGCAUAGUCCUCUCAACCAUAUGAAUGCGGUUGUCAACCCACCCUUUGAUUCAACACUAAUACGUGAACGACAGCAAAAGGACCAGACAAUUAAACGAAUAUAUGAACAGAUAUCAAACGGAAAACAAAGAUCAUCGUAUUCGUUAGAAGAUGGAUUGGUGUGCAAGAUCAUCCGACGACCAGGUCAACCUAUACUACAACUACCCUAUAUUCCAGCAUCUAUGGUGGAUCAAUUGUUGCAUGCUUAUCAUGACAGUCCGACAAGCGGUCAUUUAGGCGUCAAUAAAACGUGGUAUAAAAUUCGUGAUCGAUACUUCUGGCCUGGAAUGUUUAAGAAAAUUAAGGAUUAUGUGUUAUCAUGCACAAAAUGUAAGCAAUUUAAGAUCGAUAGAGCAAAGCCAAACGGUAAACUGCAACCCAUCGAACCACCGACAGGUGUUUUGGACCUUAUGGGCUUAGAUUUUAUUGGUCCAGUUCCACAAUCAUCCAACGGAAAUAAAUAUAUCCUGGUAUGUACAGAUUACUUGUCACGUUAUGCAAUCACACAAGCAACGUCCAAUUGUACCGCCGAAACAGCAGCCAAGUUCCUUGUUGACAAAAUUAUCCUGCAGUAUGGAGUACCUAAACAAUUGUUGACUGAUCGAGGUACCCACUUUAUGUCCAAUGUUUUUGAAGCCAUCGCGUCUCGAUGUGGCAUCAAUCAUAUUACAACAACAACAUAUCAUCCACAAUGCAACGGCCUUACAGAGCGCUUCAACGCCACAUUGGUAGACUCAAUUGGUACAUAUGUAAAUCAACAACAAAGUGACUGGGAUGAUUAUUUGCCAUAUGUCACCUUUGCAUAUAAUACAUCUAAACAGUCAACAACUCAAAUGGAACCGUUCAAAGUGAUGCAUGGUCGAGAUGCCAUCCUUCCGUUUGAUACUCCCAGUCAGAUCACCAAAUUAUCAACUGUUAAUGAUUACUAUACUCAACUCAUCCGAUUCUUAAAACAGGCCAAAUCAACAGCAUGGUACAAUAUCAAACAACAGCAAAAUGUAUACAAACGGACAUAUGACACUGGACGCCAAGACUUGCCACCACUCAAAGUGGGACAAUUGGUUUUUCUAAAGCAAAUGAUGGUCAAAAAUCUACGAAAGUUCUCACCUAAAUAUUAUGGUCCGUUCCGCGUAAUUCGUCAACUUGGUCGAUUGAACUAUGAGGUACAACACAUCAACAAUGGUCACGUCGAAAAAGCCCAUGUAUCACGAAUUCGCCUUAUUAUGUAA